AGAAGCACUUUCAGAAGAAUCGAUAGUCUAAGCAGAAUGGAUGAGUAUCAAUCUCGAUGGCGAGCGUUAAAAGUUUUCGAGAUCCUCUUCACCCGUCUUCUAAACCGGCAAAUCCGUCGUCGUUGGCUCCUCGAACAUCAUUACAUGAGCGAUACACCGGUACUGCAGAGAUUUCAACCUGUCAUUUUUCUUGAAUGUACACCCCGCCUUGAGCGCCUGGCUGCCUUUGGAGAUGUGCGCGGCAGUCAGUCGAGGCAGGAGCAAGAAGAAGUGCUGAAGUGUCUAGAAUUCAGGAUGCGACUCCUAAGAGCUCGUGUUGAAAAAGGAAAAGAACUUGCGGCAGAGAUUGAGCGGCGAGCUAAGAGCAAAAACGUCAAGUACCCUACGCACUUCUGUCAUACAUGUGUCGUGUCCGGUGAGAAAGCUUACGUCCACUUGACUAAGUGUGGUCAUCGGAUUUGCCGGGAUUGUAUGAUAUACCAGACUACACCUGACGGGAAAUAUCAAUGCAGUAUAUGCUUUCGGCCCACCAGCAUAUUAGGGCUUCGGAGGGACCCCGCGCGGAAGCGCCAGGUCUUGUUAGAUCGUUAG